AUUUUUCCACUUGUAAUGUUGUUGAUGAUGAAAAUUUGGAAGAAAUCUGAAAGCGUUGGUGUCGAUCUGCCACCAGGCCCUAAAAAACUCCCAAUAAUCGGAAACUUGCACCUCAUUUCUGGUCCUCCUUUUCGUCGUCUUCGAGAUCUAUCCCUACAAUAUGGCCCAAUAAUGCAUUUGAAGCUCGGCGAAGUGGACACCAUCGUCGUCUCGUCGCCUAAAAUUGCCAAAGAAAUACUGAAAGACAAUGAUCCGAUUUUCGCCAACAAGCCCCAAAGCAUAGCCUUCAAGAUAUUCUGGUACAACUACAUCAACAUCGCGUUUUCCCCAUACGGUGGGUAUUGGAGGCAGAUGCGCAAGAUAUGCAUUCUCGAACUCCUCAGCGCUAAAAGUGUGCGUUCCUUCGGCUCCAUCAGGAAGGAUGAGGUUUCUCACCUCGUUGAUUCUAUCCGUCUCUCUGCCGGAGAGACGGUGAAUCUGACCGAGAAGCUCUUCUCAUUGAUGAGCUCCAUCACUUGUAGAGCUGCAUUUGGGAAGGUGUGCAAGGAUAAAGAUUCAUUGAUCAGGUUAGUGACAGAAGUCGUUCAAAUGGGCAUCACCUCUUCACUUGCAGAUAUUUUCCCAUCUUCCAAGAUAGCUCACGCGCUGAGUUGGGGGACUAAGCUGAGAUUGAUGAGGAUGCGUCGCAACCUUGAUGUGAUUUUCGACGGCAUCAUCCACGAGCACGAAACAAAUCACAAGGAUUGCAAUGGAGAGUUUGGCAACGAAGAUUUGGUAGAUGUUUUGCUAAGGAUUAAGGAAAGCGGAGAGCUGGAGUUCUCAAUCGACUAUGACAACAUCAAAGCUGUACUAUUAGACUUGUUCGCAGGUGGAACUGAAACAUCGUCGACAACUGUGGAUUGGGCAAUGGCAGAACUAUUAAAGCAUCCACAAGUGAUGGUCAAAGCGCAAGCUGAAAUAAGAAGAGUGGUGGAGGAAAAAAGUAACAUUAAUUGCAUCGAAGAAGAUGAUAUUCAAAAAAUGAACUACUUAAGGCUUGUGAUCAUGGAAACCCUGAGGCUGCACCCUCCAGCUUCCAUCAUUCCCCGAUUUUCGAGUGAGCAAUGUAAAAUAAGUGGAUACACUAUACCUGCAAAAAUCAAUGUUUUGGUGAAUGUGUGGGCGAUACAAAGAGAUCCCAAGUAUUGGACUAAUCCAGAAAUAUUCCUACCAGAACGAUUUGGUAAAGAGGAAAUCAUCGCAAGGGAUUGUGUGUACCUUCCAUUUGGGAGUGGGAAAAGAAUGUGCCCAGGAAUGUCAUUUGGGUGGGCUAGUGUUGCGCUCCCUUUAGCUCAACUUCUCUACAACUUCAACUGGAAGCUCCCAAUUGGUAUUGACGCCCAAGCUUUGGACAUGAUUGAGACCUCUGGUAUUACAACUUCAAGGAAAGAAAAUCUUUUGGUUGUUGCAACUCUCUAUCAAUCCUCGCCGGGACUUUGA